AUGAAACGGAAAUCUGUGGACAAAAAUGCGGCCUCCCUUGCCUGCGCGGACGGUCUCAGCGAUGUGAGCGAACCUGAGGAAUCCUUCGACGAUCAAAUUCAUAGCCUCAAGCAACAGCUCAAACAGUUGGAGGCAAAAACACACCCAGAGUACUUGAAAGUCAAACGGAAAGUGGACGCUUGGUUAGCCGAAGAAAAGCAACGAGUUCAUGUACUACACGAACACCGGCUCGAAACCAUAUCUCGUGAGUACAAAAAAGAGGUUGCAUCGUGUGAUCGCGACUGCGCGCUGGAGAAACGACGCACUCAGGAAUAUUUGGUGUCCCUUUGCGAAGAAUUAAAACGACGUCUGGAACACGAUAAGAAGAACAUCGAGUUAACACCAAGUGGUGAUGUUUUGGACUUCAAGCCCGCAGUCACCCGUAAACUCCGUCGUCGUGGUGGCACAGAUCUUCCAACCGCGGGAUAUUCCAAUUUCAUGUAUUGGGGUGAUCUUCUCCUUUGUGGUACUAACUGGCCAUUGGGUGGGAGCUCCAAUGCGUGUAAAAGCAGUACGCCGGAGCUUAUCUCCAAUUCGGAAGUGAAGAGCCCAGCAACGAACGCUGGCUCAGAUUUCCCACAGGACAACACCAUGGCUCCGACAAACGACUCGGAGUACACCGACUCCACGAAACCGGUGAGAAACGGUGCUACGGGUGCCACUGAUACCGGACUUCAGGAUGGCAAUGUGACCGUGACAUCUAGCUCAUUGAAGAGUAAUCUGUUCGGCAGUCUAGGUGUGAACUUGUUUGACGGUAGUUUACUUUCCCACUUACUUGCGUCCAUCAAUAGUGUGGGCACCAAUACAUGUGGCCUGAACAACUAUUUGUCUGUGAACACCGCGAGCAAUUCCUUUCUCGGAGGCGGCUGCAGUUUUCUUAAUGGCCCACCUCCUGGCUCCGCUGCUGCUGCUGCUGUCGCCGCCGCCGGCCUAGCAAUACCUUCGGUGCUAACUAGCACUUCACCGAACAAUUUGGUUGCCGCACUGGGUCCGGUCGCUACCGGUCUCACAGGCGGAAUUCAGCCUUCUGCAAAGAAACGUCGGCAACAAAAUGCCGUCCCCACGGCUCAGCUUAAUCUUUUACUUCCCGAGAAUGAUAUUUACUCGGAUCUUACGGUCAUUCACAGAGCAUGUGCGAAGGCUGCGUCCGCAUCUGGCUCCCAGCCUUCUGGUGGAGGCCGUAAGCAUUCUCAACACGGUUCUGCAACCACACCGGGAUCGUCGGCGACUCCAGGGUUGCCAUCUCAUUCUCUCGGCCAAAGUUCUCACGCCGGAAGUAGUACCGGAUCUGCAACCUCCAGUCGAGGUCAAUUGGACCCCGGAACGCCUAAUUCAAACCAACCGGGAUCCGAUAGUCUGGGAUCACCUAUCCACUAUUCCGGCGAUUGUAUUCCUCUCGGUCGCAGUGUCAACCAGUCGAACGGACCGAGUUCUCCGGCACCCGCUCCUAUCGGUCCAUCGGUUUGGAUAGAUGACGGUCGACUGUAUUGUGGUCAAAAGUGUUUCCAGUACGGCGCCACUGUGAUCCUCGAAGGUCGCGAUGGCGCAAAUCAGCGUUGCACAGGCACCAUCGCUGCAGUCGGCGCACAGGAUGUGGCGAUUCGCAGAAGCUCCGAUCACGGAAUUUGUCGUAUCACUGUGCAACAGUUGAAGCAGGGGCGCUAUAUACUACAUCCCGGAAAACCUUCUUGA